AUGAAUGACGAUCAACGAAAAUUUGAAGAUACUCGUCAAAAAUUUCGCCAAAAUAUGGAGAAAGAAAGGGCGAAAAUACGAAAAACCAUUUUUCUGGAAGAUGACAAUCUGCCAUCUACCAGUAAGGGAGUGCGUAGUCAGCAAAAGCGAAAAGCCUUUUCACGGUCACCAAAGCGGCCGCUCAAACCAAAAAGGACCGCAUUCUUUUACAGAAUGACUACACAAAAAAGCAACGAUCCAGUAAUCGUGAUCGAUGACUCUCCCCCUAAAAACAAUUCGGGAAAUGUUUCUGAUGAGGAAGAUAGCCAACCUCCACCACCACCGCCACUAGUCGAUUUUUGCUUAACUCCGGAUAAUAUCGGUGAGGAAGAAGUGCCACCACCACCACCAUUUAUGGAUCAAGAUUCCAACACAACUCCGAUAAAUGUUGUUGAGGAUGCUUCCGACCCAACAUCAUCGCCGUCAGGUAUUGGUUUAGGAGACGUGGAAUACAUCCUUAAUCAAUGUGAUCUUCCAAACUUGGAAGAAAUCUUUAGAAGAUUCUUUGGGGAGAAUGACCAAAGCGUUGACAUACGUCCAGGGACACCACCAUCUCCACUCCCUCCUCGGUCACCAUCAUCCUUGGAUUGGGAAAAUGAAAAUUAUCGUCCACCGACACCACCGCGACGUCGAGGUAUUGGAUCAUGGGAACUCAAAGAAAGUCAAUAUCGUCAUUUGGGAUAUCAAUGCUUUGAAAAAACCUUCAGUGUGAAAUUGAUGGUUCCAGUAAACAAGCCCACAUAUGAAAUAGGUUACAUGGACUUGAGUAAAGAAUCUCAAACAUCUCCAACGCCAAUAGCAAAUGAGUUACCCAAAACCCCAAGCCGCGACUGGUUUAUACCGCUAUCUCCAUCACAAUAUCCCGGUGCAUCCUCACAACACCUUAUGAUACCCAAAACCCCAGGCCGAGACUGGUUUAUACCACUACCACCAACACCAAUUCAUCCCAGUUCAUGUGCGUCCGCACAAACUCCACCACUUGUGUACCUAUCUCCUAAAUUAUCAGUAGCAUCUUCGGUCAAGUCAUAUUCCUCACCAAAAAACAAAUCCGCGUCACCAACAGCAUCUCCGGACUUAAUUUUUAUAGUAUCAUCACCAUCCUCAGCCACAUUGUCCCCUUCAGCAUGGUCAACGAGCUCAAAACAGCAGUUAGGAAAUAACACGCCAUCCCCGCGAUUGGGAAAGGUUUCAGCUGGAACAACAACGCCUCCCAUCCCAACAAGCCCUAAAGAGGUUCGUCUCUCCCAAGUAACAGCAGAA